AACUCUAUAUAUUCGCAUCCAACCAUCCAAGAGAACCUCUGCUUUGCUUGUUUCGAGAGAAGUCAUUGUCACUGCUGUUAUGGAAGCAUAUGUUUGUCAUUUAAAUGCAUCCUUAUGUCCUUCAUCUUUUGCCUCGUACAAAACCAAACCUUGUCGCCAUAGUUUGAGUCUUCCGUCCACUAGUUUGAGCUUCAAGCUCCAAGAAAAGCCUAAACAAAGGGUGCAUGGGUUGGAUGUCGGAUGUGCUAAGCUGGAUUCAGGUUCGGUGGCAGAGCUGGGAAGAGAAUUGGAGGCUGAGAUGAACCAAGAAGAGGAAGAAGAAUGGAUGCUGGAAUUAGGGAAGUUGAGAGAGAGAUGCAAAGAAAGGAAGGGAAUGGUGGAGCUGUUGGAGUGCUUGGAGAGAGAAGCAAUCAUGGGCGAUGACGAGGGUAGAGACCCUACUGAUUACAAUAGAAGAGCUCAGAUCUUUGACAAGAGUUCUAAAGUUUUUCAGGCACUCAAGGAACGCACUGCACCUUCUCAUCAGUCUUGAUUUGAUUUGGGCAAAAUGAUGUGGUAAAACUAGUUACUUCUCAUCAUUACUAGAAAGAAAUCAAUUGUUUUGUUUGAAUUUA